UCCGCCUCCGCCUUCGCCUCCGCCGCCGCCGCCAUCGUCGGCCCACGUAGCCCAAGCCCCGGAGCCCCGAGCUGUCAGGUGAGAAGGAAGACCCUAUCCUACCCAGCCCAUGGCAGCCCGAAGGAGCCUCUGAUCCCCAGCCCCUCCCUCCUUGGGCCAGCCCUCCUAGUGGCAUGAUGCCCAACGCCACUGGGCCAGACGACCUCAGCGGCAGCGGGUCCUCCCUGCCUCCUCCUACGGCUGCCGCCGCCGCCGCCGCCUCCACCUCCGUCAAGCUGGUUCUCUUGGGGGCCAUCAUCUGUGUCAGCUUGGUGGGCAAUGCCCUCCUCUCCCUGCUGGUGCUCAGGGAGCGCGCCCUGCACAAGGCUCCAUACUAUUUCCUGCUGGACCUGUGCCUGGCUGACGGCGUGCGGGCUGCGGUCUGCUUCCCCUUCGUGCUGGCCUCCAUCCGGCACGGCUCCGCCUGGACCUACAGCGCGCUCAGCUGCAAGGUGGUAGCCUUCAUGGCGGUGCUCUUCUGCUUUCAUGCCGCCUUCAUGCUCUUCUGCAUCAGCGUCACCCGCUACAUGGCUGUGGCUCAUCACCGCUUCUAUGCCAAGCGCAUGACCCUCUGGACCAGUGCGGCGGUCAUUUGCAUGGCGUGGACCCUUUCUGUGGCCAUGGCCUUUCCCCCUGUUUUUGAUGUGGGCACCUACAAGUUCAUCCGCGAGGAAGACCAAUGCAUCUUUGAACACCGCUACUUCAAGGCCAACGACACACUGGGUUUCAUGCUCAUGCUGGCUGCCCUCAUGGCCGCCACCCAUGCCGUGUACGGAAAGCUGCUUCUCUUCGAGUACCGCCACCGCAAGAUGCGCCCUGUACAGACUGUCCCAGCGGUCAGUCAGAACUGGACGUUUCAUGGGCCUGGCGCCACCGGCCAGGCCGCAGCAAACUGGAUAGCUGGCUUUGGCCGAGGCCCCCUGCCUCCUACCCUGCUGGGCAUCCGGCAGGCAACUGGAGGGGUAGGGGGCCACGCAGCCAGCCGGCGCCUCCUAGGCAUGGAGGAGUUCCGGGGGGAAAAGGAGCUAGGCCGCAUGUUUUAUGCCAUCACUCUGCUGUUCCUACUGCUCUGGUCUCCUUAUAUCGUGGCCUGCUAUUGGCGGGUUUUUGUGAAGGCCUGUGCCGUGCCUCACCGAUACCUAGCCACUGCUGUGUGGAUGAGCUUUACACAGGCUGGGGUCAACCCCAUUGUCUGCUUCCUCCUCAACAAGGACCUCAAGAAGUGCCUGAGGACUCAUGCCCCUUGCUGGGGGGCUGGAGGCCCCCAGGCCCCUCGGGAGCCUUAUUGUGUCAUGUGAAAACAGACUGAUAGAUAUAGGGAGGAGGAGAGGAGAGGGAGGACGAGGAAAAGGGAGAAGAGGCUGAGUGAGGAGAAGAAGACCCCAAAUGGCAGAUGAGAAUUAGUGCUGAGGGCAUGGUGGGGAUCCUGGAGUAGGUCCCUGAUUCUCUGUGCUCCAUCAAAUGGCACUCCACUGUUACCGGUGGUAUGUGGAUGAGGGGAGGGGGGUCCCCUGUGACCUAUCCCUGUCCCCAGCAGCUUCUAGGGGAGUAGGGACAUACACACACAUAUACACAUACAUACACACACACGCGCGCGCGCGCACACACACCCACCAGAUUGUUUUUUUCUUUUUUAAAAAACUAGAAACAAAAAAACCGGGGUUUUCUAUCAGUUGUGAAUGUGCUGGGUUUUCAUUUACAUUAAUUCCUCUCUCUUGGAUUUGCUGUUUCCAGAGAGAGAUAUUGUUAUGUACUACAUAAGCUCCCUUCCCCAACCCAGUAACACUGACUUAGUAAUGAACGUCCCCCCCAAGUGGGCAAAGGGAGGGUGACACUCCCUCCAAUGCUAGAGCCCCAUCCAGCGGCGCCCCUGCCCCAAGCCCCCGCCUCAGGCCUGAGAGCCAGGCCCAGGAGGCCAAGGAUGGUCAUUAGGCUCCAUCAUGUCUCUUCCCACAUUCUGUUCCCACUGGGAAUUUCAAUUUGCCCCCUUUUGGGGCAUGGGGGUGGCUCAGGACCAGCACCACCCUCCGCCACCAGGCCCCCUCCAGUCGCCUCCUUGGGGACAGGCUAGGCGACUCUCCUGCUGUCAUGGUAGGGGACUCAGCUCCCUGGUUCUCCAGGGUCCCUCUGGGAGCCUCAGUGGUCUUUAGACCCCAGCUCGUCCCCGCUGAGGACUGCUUUCCAUCCUCAGCCUUACUUUUUGCAAGCUGGCCAGCUCCGUCCUUUUUUCCAAGGUGAUAGAUGGUCCGUUACAUGGGUGUCCGUGGUCCCAGAACCCUUGUGGAUGUUGUAUCACCUUUUUCCUCUCCCUGUUGGGACCUCCUUCCAUCCUCCUCUCAAUCCUCCCUCCUUCUUCACUGACCUGGCUCAGUGUGUCUCAGGGACCCUCCUCCCUUCCCUAAGAACAUACCUCUCUGGAGGUGCCCCAUAGUGGACCUCCUCUCUCACAUGACCCCUGGAAGCCAACAAAGGCUCACAUGGGUGUCGAUGGUCAGGGAUUCCCCUGCAUCAGAGAGUUGACUCCAGCCUGUGCAGCCCUCUCUUUCUAAGAAAGAUAGCUCCACCUCUCUCUCAAGGAGCUGCCACCUGCAGGAUGUUAGAGAGGAAGGGGUGGGCUAGGAGGAGGGGAGACACUCGGAGGGGGAAUUCAGUUGGAGAGGUGAGCUGGGUCUAGGGAAGGUUUCCCGGAGGAGGUCUUGUGUGUGGAUGGGAGAGGAGUCUGAGAGGGCCUGGAGAGCUGGGGGUAUGUAAUAGGGACUGGCUAAGGCCCCAGAGAGAAAUUGGGGGGGGGGGGGGGACUUUAAUGCCAAGGGGAAAGGGUCAACAUUUGAUCCUGUGGCAGCUGGGAGACCCUUUCGGUCCUGGAUGAGAUGCUGAGGCCCAGAGAGUUGCUGGGCUCAGCCCCAUCCAUGAGUUUUCACGUAGGGGAUUUGCCCCUUGGUCUCCCCGCUCCCAGCUGGGAAGCACAUUGGCUCCAGAGGCCCUGUAUGUGGCCAGCUCCGCCCACUCCCCUUGGCCUCCCCCAAUUCUCAGCUCCUUGUUCUCCACCCUUGCCUGACAUUACCUGCAGCUCCUCUCAUCUUCCCCGAGUGGGGGCCUGAGGAGCAAACAGGCAGGCAGUCUAGGGGAAUGGGGACUAGGAAGGCAGCUGGGCUUCAGGCCUUUGGACCAAGCCAAGACUGGUCCCACCCUGGACCAGUGUGAAGACACUGUGCUCCAGGGCUGGAGGAGGCAGGGAGUCAGGGCCCUUCUGGCCGGGCCUGAUGGGAGGAGGAAUAUGGAGGUAGCUACAAUGGGAGGGAUGGGAUGGGAGCUAUCACUGGGCCU